CGUCCUCACAUGACAGCGACCCAGAGGAAAAGAUGGCGGCGCAUCUGUCUUACGGCCGGGUGAAUCUGAACGUCUUGCGAGAAGCAGCCAGGAAAGAACUGCGGGAAUUUCUCGAUAGAUGCGCGGGCAGUAAGGCGAUUGUAUGGGACGAAUACCUAACGGGACCGUUUGGAUUGAUAGCGCAGUAUUCGCUCCUGAAGGAGCAUGAAGUGGAGAAGAUGUUCACACUAAAACCUGGCAGUCUCCCACCGGCUGAUGUCAAAAAUAUCAUUUUCUUUGUGAGACCCAAAUUGGAAAUAAUGGACAUCAUUGCUGGGAAUGUGAAAAGUGAGGUGAAACAGCGUUCCCACCGGGAUUUCCACAUCCUCUUUGUCCCCCGCCGAAGCCUUUUAUGUGAACAGCGGCUUGAGGAGCAAGGAGUCCUGGGCUCGUUUAUCAACAUCGAUCAGUAUAUCCUGGACCUCAUACCUUAUGACGGAGACCUCCUGUCUAUGGAGUCAGAAAGUGCAUUUCGGGAGUGCUAUUUGGAGAAUGACCAGACCAGCCUCUAUCAUGCGGCUAAAGGCCUCAUGACCUUGCAGGCGCUGUAUGGCACCAUUCCACAGAUCUACGGCAAAGGAGAAUGCGCCCGGCACGUGGCUAACAUGAUGUUAAGAAUGAAGCGAGAGUUUGCUGGGAGUCAGAAUCAGAUUUUGCCCGUUUUUGACACAUUGCUUCUUCUGGAUCGUAAUGUAGACUUGCUGACUCCCUUGGCUACACAGCUUACUUAUGAAGGACUAAUUGACGAAAUCUACGGUAUCACAAAUGGCUAUGCAAAGCUGCCCCCGGAGAAAUUUAUCCAGAAGAAGCAGGGCGAAGGUGGAAAGGACCUUCCCACAGAGCCUAAGAAACUGCAGCUGAACUCUGCGGAGGAGCUGUAUGCCGAAAUCCGGGAUAAAAACUUCAACGCUGUAGGGGCCGUACUGAGCAAAAAAGCCAAGAUCAUCUCGGCAGCCUUCGAGGAAAGACACAAUGCUAAAACAGUGGGCGAGAUCAAGCAAUUUGUAUCGCAGCUUCCUCACAUGCAAGCAGCAAGGAGCUCCUUGGCAAACCAUACCUCCAUUGCCGAGCUAAUCAAAGACAUUACAACAUCAGAAGCCUUUUUCGAUAACCUGACUGUAGAACAAGAGUUCAUGACUGGUGUGGACACUGAUAAGGUGAACACCUACAUUGAAGACUGUAUUGCACAGAAGGAUCCCCUGAUAAAGAUCUUGCGACUGGUAUGCAUGCAGUCUGUCUGUAACAAUGGGCUGAAGCAGAAAGUUCUGGAUUAUUACAAAAGAGAAAUCUUACAAACUUAUGGGUAUGAACACAUCCUAACCCUUAAUAAUCUGGAGAAAGCUGGGCUGCUGAAGCUGCAAACCAAUGCCAGGAACAACUACCCAACUAUCAGGAAGACACUCAAACUGUGGAUGGACGAUGUCAAUGAACAGAACCCAAAUGACAUAUCGUAUGUGUAUAGUGGCUAUGCUCCGCUUAGCGUGCGUUUGGCCCAGAUUCUCGUGAGGCCUGGCUGGCGUAGCAUUGAGGAGGUGUUAAAAAUGUUACCGGGACCUCACUUUGAGGAGAGGCAGCAGCUUCCAUCCGGACUGCACAAGAAACGAGAAAACAGAACGACAUUAAUUUUCUUUCUUGGGGGAGUAACGUAUGCAGAAAUUGCUGCCUUGCGAUUCCUGUCACAAGUGGAAGAAGGAGGCACGGAGUACAUCAUCGCCAGCACCAAACUGAUCAACGGGACCAGCUGGAUCAAGUCUUUAAUGGACAAAUUAGAAGCUCCGCCCUUCUGAGGAAGGAAAAAAAAAAAAACGCAAGUGGACGGUAAAACCUUAAUAUUAAAAAA